CUCGUGCUAGAGUGGGUAAGAUAGACCCUGUUCAGAUAUUGUGGUGCGGUUUAAAGCAAAGCAAUUAGAUACGACAAUAAACUACAAAUAUAUAUGGACAAAAGUAAUGGGACACCUGGUCAUGCAUUGUUUCUUCUAAAAGAAUACUAAAAACAUUUAGGCUUUUAAUUGCCAAAUUAAAAAUAAAUAAGAUUAAUUCCUUGCUGGCCACUUUAUCAGAAACUCCCGACUUAACUUUGAAUUUAAUACAUUUUAGUUUGUAUAAUUUGCAGUGUUUUGUGCUAUUUGUGCUAUUCUUAGUGGGAAAUUAUAAAAAAAUAUAUAUAUUUCUAUAUAUUGUUUAAUGACAAACUACUGUAAAAAGUGAAAUACAAAUAAAUAUGAAUUCAGUAAAAUUAUUCUGAUAAAAAUCUAGAAAUAUAGUUUAAUAUGCAUUAAAACUAUUGAGAGAAUUCAGGUGUUUAAUAGCAAAUUACUGAAACAAAGUGAAAAAGGUUAUUUAGUGAAAUUAUUAUUUAGAUUUUUAUUGUUGGCAUUAAGCCAACACUGUUCCACAGCACUGAGCUGCUCUGAUUGGUUCGGAAUCUUGCGUGCUGACAGAACUGUGAUGUCACUGUGUGAUGUCAUAUAUGGCACAGGAGUGACGGAAUUCCGUCAGAAACGUUUCAGUUACUGUGCGCUUCACUUGUGUUCGCUGAGUUUCGAGAUGUUUCUCCAGCAAGAGAUUAACUCUGAUCGUCCGCGAUCGAAUGUUACUUACCGGGGGGCUAAAGACCACCCUUCCCGGCCCCCAUUGGUGCGUUCUGGACCACCGGCACCAAUGAAGAAACGUCCUCAGUACGUUCCCCAGACCCAGCAGACCUCCACUCCUGAUCGUCGCCUUAAUUACAAGCCUCAGGCGGCUGUUCCUCUGGAGCAGAAGAUUCAGUACGAUCGAGAGUUUCUGCUGGGCUUUCGAUUCAUCAGUCCCAGCAUACAGAAACCUCAGGGAUUACCAUUCAUCCCUAGGGUUGUGCUGGACAAGCCCAAUAAAGAUCCAUUGGACACUAGUUGGCAGCAGAAAUGUGUACAACAGGACAGACAGACCUCCAGACAUGGAUGGAGACGAAGCACAGAGCCCGACAACGAGCUCCGCAACGAGAUGCGUAAGGUCAUCAGCGUGUCCCUGAAUGACGACGUCCAGCUCAACAAGGCAGCGAAUGCCUGGAGGCCUGGAAGGAAGAAGAGCGUUGAAUGCGGCGAAGUGCAAAAGGAUGAAGCAGAAGACCUGAAGACUCAGGAGAUGUUGAGAUUGUUCCGCAGCAUCCUCAACAAACUCACCCCUCAGACGUUUGACAGGCUGAUACAGCGCGUGACCGAGCUUGCCAUCGAUACGGAGGAGCGUCUGAGGGGGGUCAUCAGUCUCGUGUUUGAAAAAGCCGUCAGAGAACCUCACUUCUCCGAGAUAUACGCAAAAAUGUGCCACCGCCUCGUAGAUCUAAAAGUCCCGACCUCUAAAGACCCGGCAGUUAACGUAGAGUUCAGAUUACUGCUGCUCUGUUGCUGCAAGGAGGAAUUUAAGAAGAACAAGGACGAGGAGAUCAUCGAGGAAAAGCAGAAGCAGCUGGAUGCAGCUACAGAGAAUGAAGAACGUCAGCAGUUAAAGGAAGAGCUGGAGGAGGCAAAGAACAAGGCCCGCCGUCGUUCUCUGGGAAACAUAAAAUUUGUUGGAGAGCUGUUUAAAUUGAGGAUGCUUAAGGACUCCAUUAUUCACCACUGCUUCGCCAAACUCCUGAAGGACGAAGCUGAAGAGAGCUUAGAGUGCCUCAGCAAGCUGCUCUCCACUGUCGGGAAAGACGCUGAUGAAAAGGACAAGACUCGCAUGGAUCAUUAUUUUACUGAGAUUGAGGAAAUUGUAAGGGCGAGGAAGACGUCCUCACGAAUCAGAUUCAUGCUGCAGGACCUUCUGGAUCUGAGACGGAAUAAGUGGGUCCCCAGGAGGGCUGAUCUUGGCCCUAAAACAAUAGAUCAGAUCCACAAAGAGGCUGCACUAGAGGAGAACGGCUCACAAAACAAGGUCCAGCAGCAGCAGCUGAGAUCUUAUAAAGACUGGACCUGUGGACCGAUCAACAUCUGCCCAUCCAAAACCAUCAGCAAGAUGGAAAAGAUUGAGCUCAGGCCCACUGUACGCCAAGAAGAGGUUCCUGUGUCCAGUGACACCCUGGAGGACUCUGAAAAGACAAUGAAGGAGACACCUAAGGAAACACCUGAAGAGGCGCCUAAAGAAAUAUUUGAAGAGGCGCCUAAGGAAACACCUGAAGAGGCGCCUAAGGAAAUAUUUAAAGAGGGGCUUAAGGAAACACCUGAAGAGGCGCCCAAAGAAAUAUUUGAAGAGGCACCUAAGGAAACACCUGAAGAGGCGCCUAUAGAAAUAUUUGAAGAGGCGCCUAAGGAAACACCUGAAGAGGCACCCAAGGAAAUAUUUGAAGAGGCGCCUAAGGAAACACCUGAAGAGGCGCCUAAGGAAACACCUGAAGAGGCGCCUUAUGAAACACCUGAAGACACAGACAAGCCUGUAUCUUCGUCUGUGCUGAAGGGCGCCCCCUCUGCUCUGGAGCUGCCACAAGGAAACGUCUCUGCAGAAGCAGAGGAGGAACUUCCUGAGGAGACAUCAAGACCAGAGAAUCAUAUAGUAGAUCAGACCUCACCUUCAGCUCCAGUGGAACUGACCAUGACUAUAGAGCAGGAGACCACCAACAAGGAGACAGUCUACAGGAAUGAUGUGACGGCGUCAGUGAAGAAUGCGCUGGAUGAACUCAACGUUUUAAAGGAGAAUGACAUCAGAUCUGCUCCAGACAGCAACAGAUUUUCCUUUCCGGCUUUAAUCGGCACCGCUGCCUUUCCAAGCGCCAUUAUCUGUUCUGGGCUCCUGCUUUACCAUGGUAUAAACUGGUUACGCACCCUGGUCUAAACAGCUCUCCAGGACUGUACCAUGAUUUAAAUUGUCUAUGCAAAUUUAAAAAAAAUAAAAUAUAUGGUUUGGUUUGAAAGUACAAAAAAAAAAAAAAAAAAGAAUUACAUAUUUAUGAGGGGAUUUUUUAAAUGGUUAAAGUUUAAACUGUAUGCACUAAAUAAAUAAAUGAAGCACAAUUAAACUGAUUUAAUUUAUUGUCUAAAAUGUAAAAACUAUUACAUUUAUUACAAUUAAUUAUUGAAUAAAGUACAAACUAGAGCUGCACAAUAUGUAUUAUUUAAACAUCAUAAUUGCAAUGUGCAGUAAAGUCAAAUCGCAGAUGUGCAAAUUUAUGUAAGGCCUAUUUGAUUAAAUGCUAAAUCUUUUUUUUAUUUUGCUGCUUGAUCAAAAUGGAAAAUUUUCACUGUCCUAAUUUUUUUAAUGACUUUUAUACUAAAGGCAGAUUUUUUUCUAUGCAAUAUAAUUUAUUUUAGCCUAGUCUGAGUGUAUGAAGUGCAUGAUUAAUAUAAUUAUAAUUUACUUCUAGUGAGAUCUGGUGAAAAGUACUGUAUUUUUUAUAUAGCAAGAAAUAUCACAGACAGAAAUAGAAAGAAAAAUAAUAAAAUAUUUGCACUUUUAGAUUUGUUUUUAAAUAUUGUGCUUUAUACUUUCAUAAUAAAUAAUACUUAAGUGCAAUAACCAGGUGCAGUUAUUCAGCUGUUGUCCACCCCCUCUUAGUUAUUUCAAGGUAUCUUUCUUAUUUAUUAUUUAUCAUAAAGGAAAUAAGCUAAGCUAAGUGUUAAAACUAGCUGGACCCUCUCACUCAGGCCAUAAAAUAGAUCACACAGUGAUGGACCCGGUGAUUUGUGUCUCAGCUGCUGAACUCAUCCUGCUUCGUUUCGAAAGCCCCAGUUAGCUCCCCCUCUCCCUCGUCUUCAGAGUCAGGUUUCAUGCC